UUUCAGGACAUACCAAAGAAGUGCCAGAAGGCCAGAGAACAUUUUGGUGCAGUCAGAACACAGCUAGCAUCUCUGAAGACCAAGUUUCCAGCUGAACAGUACUACAGAUUUCAUGAACACUGGAGGUUUGUGCUACAGCGCUUGGUGUUUCUGGCAGCAUUUGUUGUCUACUUGGAGACAGAAACAUUAGUGACUCGAGAAGCUGUUACAGAAAUACUUGGAAUUGAGGCUGAUCGAGAAAAAGGUUUUCACCUGGACAUUGAAGACUACCUCUCUGGGAUUCUGACUCUUGCUAGUGAGUUGUCUAGGCUGGCAGUGAACAGUGUCACAGCAGGUGACUAUUCUCGUCCUCUCCGCAUCUCCACCUUCAUUAACGAGCUGGAUUCUGGCUUCCGUCUGCUCAAUCUGAAAAAUGACUCCUUGAGGAAGCGCUACGAUGGCCUGAAGUACGAUGUCAAGAAAAUUGAGGAAGUGGUUUAUGACUUGUCAAUCCGAGGACUCAAUAAGGAGACAAGUGGUACUGGUGGAGAGAAAUAGAAGCUGCUGCUCUAGCAGCAUCAUGGAUUACCUCAGAUGGUCGCCAAUGAGGGAGGCGUGUAAGCAGUGCCCUCCUACAGUAGUUUAGAAGAACCACAAGCUGAGAAGUGCUCUCUAUUUUCUUACCAAAUGUGUAGUACGGGUGUUAGAAUGCAAAACAUUUUGUAAAAUCAUGUCUAGGCAAGGCCAGCAGGCUUUCUGUUUCCAGUGAAGUUACUCUGUCAUAAACUCACAUCACUGUGCUGUGUACCAGGGCAAUCGCAGUCAAGAACUUCCUUCAGCUGAAUUUCCACUUUGUUCCAGGGAGUUACUCCUGCUCCUCCACUGUGUUGUUUUGGCAGUGACAUGCUUCAGCUUUCUGUGCCCACGCCUUCUCAAAGAUGUGUGUGUGGGACGCAGGUUAAUGCCAGUAUGAUGAUGUAUUGUGAGAGACACAGUUUAGUUCCUUUAAAAAACAAAAACAAAAAAAACCAACACACCAAUCUUCAUUGAUUUUUUUUUUUUUUAAUUUCCAUCCACUUUAAUAACUUGAACAGCAGAGACUUGUAUAGCAGUUUGUCCUCAUUUUACUUACUGUCUAUAGGAUAUCAAACAUAGAACUGCAAAAUUAGGCUAAGUAGCUCAUGUAGACCAUCACUACGUGAUAAAGGACGAUAUCACUGGGAGUCAGUUUUUUCCAUAUAACUCUGGCAUAUUGUGCCCAGGCAUUUGUGUAAUUUUUUUUUUUAAUGACACGAUUUUUGUUAGCAGAAAGACAGCCGGCUGUUUCUCAAUUGUCUGCUUUUGCUUGUUGGCAUCGUUUAUUAUUGUGAGUAAACAGUGUUGAAUUUUAAAGUGAAUCAUUUAUUUUGAGCACUCUACAUAAUUGCUUUUCUGACUAUCCAGACUUUCUAGCACAUACAUACUAAGGAACACCUGAUAAAGUGCAGGCAUCUUUUAGAUUCUGAGUACCUUGUUCCUUAAUAGUUCUGUAUUUUUUAAGAUCCCAGGUAACUAGCUCAUAUAGUAAAAUGUUUGCAUCUUAAGAAAAGGGAAAAAUUAAUGUUAAUCUAGUUUGCAUAUGAGAAUCUUAAACCCAAACACCCUGAGGCUUUUUUUUUCCUUAUGUCAACAUCCAGAUUCACACAUCACACAGAGUCUAUACCCCUUUCCUAAAGGAAUGCAUUUUAAUUUUAUAUAACUUUUUUUACUACUUUGUGUAAUGUCAUAGUUUUUCAUCUUUAAAUAUAAUUUUGUCUAGAAUAAGGAUUGUUUCCAAAGGACACAGAUACCGCUUGUUGAAUAUAAACUAGCAAAAUUACAAGCAGUUGUUAGAAUUCCAGAGAAUCUUUUAGUUUGUAAAAGUGUUGCAGUUAGCUGUUAAAGAUUGUUUUAAAAAAAUCAUUGGGAAGAAAAAAGUUUCUAUGUUAUGUUGGUCAAUAAAAGCUGUUCUCUGACUUCA